AUGAAGGCCCUCAUUCUUGUGGGAGGAUUCGGCACUCGCCUGCGGCCGCUGACGCUCAGCGUGCCGAAGCCGCUCGUCGAUUUCGCCAACAAGCCCAUGAUCCUGCAUCAGAUCGAGGCUCUGAAAGAUGUGGGAGUCACAGAAGUUGUCCUGGCCAUCAAUUACCAGCCAGAGGUCAUGCUCAACUUUCUCAAGGACUUCGAGAGCAAGCUUGGCAUCAAGAUCACCUGCUCCCAGGAGACAGAGCCAAUGGGAACCGCCGGACCGCUGGCCCUUGCCCGCGACAAGCUCGACGACGGAUCCGGCGAGCCUUUCUUCGUCCUCAACAGCGACGUGAUCAGCGAGUACCCGUUCGCAGAGCUCAUCGAGUUCCACAAGUCCCAUGGCGGCGAGGCCACGAUCAUGGUCACCAAGGUGGACGAGCCUUCCAAGUACGGCGUGGUGGUGACGGAGGAGGAGACCGGGAAGGUGGAGCGGUUCGUGGAGAAGCCCAAGGUGUUCGUGGGCAACAAGAUCAACGCCGGCAUCUACCUGCUGAGCCCGUCCGUGCUGGACCGCAUCGAGCUGAAGCCGACGUCCAUCGAGAAGGAGGUGUUCCCGCGCAUCGCCGCCGACAAGGGCCUGUACGCCAUGGUGCUGCCGGGGUUCUGGAUGGACAUCGGGCAGCCGAGGGACUACAUCACGGGGCUGCGCCUCUACCUGGAGUCCCUGAGGAAGCGGGCGCCGGCGAGGCUGGCGGCGGGCGCGCACGUGCUGGGCAACGUGCUGGUGCACGAGACGGCGACGAUCGGGGAGGGGUGCCUGAUCGGGCCGGACGUGGCCGUCGGGCCCGGGUGCGUGGUGGAGGCCGGGGUGCGGCUGUCGAGGUGCACCGUGAUGCGGGGCGCCCGCGUGAAGAAGCACGCGUGCAUCUCCGGCAGCAUCGUGGGGUGGCACUCGACGGUGGGCAAGUGGGCGCGCGUGGAGAACAUGACCAUCCUCGGCGAGGACGUGCACGUCUGCGACGAGGUGUAUAGCAACGGCGGCGUCGUGCUCCCGCACAAAGAGAUCAAGUCCAGCAUCCUCAAGCCCGAGAUCGUCAUGUGA